AGCUGGGUCCCCUGUGUCUGCUGAGUCCCUUGUGUCUGCUGAGUCCCUUGUGUCUGCUGAGUCCUCUGUGUCCCCUGUGUCUGCUGAGUCCUCUGUGUCCGUUGUGUCUGCUGAGUCCUCUGUGUCGGUUGUGUCUGCUGAGUCCCUUGUGUCUGCUGAGUCGGCUGAGUCCUCUGUGUCUGCUGAGUCCCUUGUGUCUGCUGAGUCCUCUGUGUCGGUUGUGUCUGCUGAGUCCCUUGUGUCUGCUGAGUCGGCUGAGUCCUCUGUGUCUGCUGAGUCCCUUGUGUCUGCACACUGUUACGUAUCAUGGUUUCUUGUGUUCAUAACAGUCCUACUUCUUCUCACAGACCGGACUUCAAAAGAGUUUACAGCUUUGAAAGUAUAAUUAUACUUUCCGAAUGUUUGGCUAAAGGCAAAGUUGCACUAUCCUACAUAAGAAGAGUACCAGGAGAUGGAGAGUCUUGUACAAAGUCACUACUAAGGCCUCGACCACGGAUUGCAGCCUUUGUUGGAGAAAAACUAAGGAUGUAUUUACUUCUUUCAAGACUACAUACUAGGCAAUCCAUAUUCCAGGAAGAAAUCUGGAGGGUUAUCUUGGAGUUGUAUCAGACAACGCAAACAUUUAAGUGUUUGGUAUGUUUGUCAUGUGAUUCAUUUUUUCAUCUUUGUGGACGUGAUUCUGCUGAUCCGCGUGUUGACUCU